AUGACCCUCGACCCGAUCGAACAGCUCAACGAAGACGAGAAGCGCAAAUACAUCAAGGGCAAGAAGCUCGGCGAGGGCACGUACGCUAACGUCUACCUCGGCCACUCGCGCCGCGAUCCCUCCCUGCUCGUGGCCAUCAAGAAGAUCAAAGUACAACAACAAUAUCAAGAUGGGAUGGCGCCGGACGCGGUGCGCGAACUCAAGUAUCUGCGCGAGCUGCACCACCCCAACAUCAUCUCACUACUAUCCGUCUUCAGCUCCAAGGACCAGAACCUCAACCUGGUGCUCGAGUACCUACCACUAGGGGACCUGGAGAUGCUGAUCCGGGACGUGGACCGGGUGCGGUACGGCGCGGGGGACAUCAAGGCGUGGAUGGGGAUGCUGGCGCGGGCCGUGUGGUUCUGCCACGACAACUUCGUGCUGCACCGCGACAUCAAGCCCAACAACCUGCUGAUCGCGGCCGACGGCGAGGUGAAGCUGGCCGAUUUCGGCCUGGCGCGCGCCUUCGCCGACCCGGGCCGCCGCAUGACGGCCAACGUCAUCACGCGCUGGUACCGCCCGCCCGAGCUGCUCUUCGGCGCCCGCCACUACGGCGGCGCCGUCGACGUGUGGUCCGUCGGCAUGGUCUUCGCCGAGCUCAUCAUCCGCGCGCCCUUCCUGGCGGGCAACACCGAGGUGGAGCAGAUCGCGCUGAUCUGCAAGCAGAUCGGCACGCCGACCGAGGAGAACUGGCCGGGCGUGACCCAGCUGCGCGAGUACACGGUGCCGACCGACGUGGUGGCCGUGUGGGGCAAGGAGGCCUACAUGGGCCGCUUCGGCGCCGUCGGCGCCGACGGCGUCGACCUGCUCGUGCGCACCGUCGCCCUCGACCCCAAGAAGCGCAUCACCGCCCGCGAGAUGCUCCAGCACCGCUGGUGGCGCACCGACCCCAAGCCCACCAAGAAGGAGGACCUCCCGCGCAAGUCGGGCGGCGCCGCCGACGAGAAGAUGGGCGCCGACCUGAAGCGCCGGAACGGCAUCGUCGACGAGGACGCUAGCGCCCCGCGCGGUUCCAAGGUGGCGAGGAAGCUGGAUUUUGGGCAGGCCAAGUAG